GUUGAUUCAUAUUGAAAAACUAGUUUUUACCCUCAGGUUGGAUUAAAUCUGGAACUUUCUGUAACUCAUAAUUAAAGUAAUAAUGUCGUCUGAAAGUCAGCAGUGCUCGUGUUGUUCCCACUCAGCCUCCUCGUCCUCCAGUGUUUACCAAACUCUGAGUGAAAUGGACUUUGAACGAGGUUUGCACUUUUAUUUAAGACAUGCAAUGACAAAUUUAUUCAUUAAUAAUGUGGAAGGACUUAAAGUAAAAGCUGUGACCUACAUGUUUAAACUUUUCAGUCUUUUAAUUUCAGUUUAUUCCCUUUAGUAACUCUUUAUGUCAUUGCUUCUUAGUCUGAUGGUCUGGUUCUCUGCAGGGAUCUGGUCUGCUGCCAUGGAUGGAGACCUGGAGAGGGUCAGAUCUUUAGUCCAGAAAGGCACAGACCCAAACCAGAGGGACACAGCUGGAUACACGGCCCUGGUGAGUUUGUAUUCAGAGAUGUUUGGUUGUUUAUCCUCCAGAGUCUCUUAUUCUUUUGAAUCCACAUCUUUACAGCUUUAUUUACUCUUUUGUUUCUCCAGCACUAUUCGAGCCGCAGUGGUCAUCACGCUGUUUGUAAGUUUCUCCUGGAGAAAGGAGCUUGUGCAUCUCCUCAGACACCGGGCGGUGCCACGCCGCUCCAUCGAUCUGCUUACUGCGGUCACCUGGACGUGGUUCGACUCCUGCUGCACCACAGAGCAGAUCCCAAGACGUGUGAUGACGACGGUGCAUCCCCUUUACACAAGGUGCGAAGACGCCUGCAGUUACACAGAAACAAACAGAGAGUUUUAGGAGAGUUUGACCUGUUUUUUAACUUCUUUACAGGCUGCAGAAAGAGGUCACGAGGAGGUGUGUCUGCUGCUUCUUGAGCACUCUCCAGCUCUUUGCAGCCAAGCGAACAAGAGGCUGCAGCUCCCCUACCAGCUGGCACCCCGGGGAGACCUGCAGGAGCUCUUAAAACCUCCACCGAGGUGAACUCAAGAACACUGAACCCACAACAGUCAAAGGUGCAAAGACUGAUGAGUUCCUCAGUUAGGAUUGAACUCAACUUGAACUGGAUUCAACACAUUUGGCUUCUUUUUUCUGGACUUGGACAGAGAACCAAUGGGCGUAUGUACAAAAUAAUAAUAAUAACUUUAAAAACAGAUGUUUACAAAGUGUUGUAACAGACAAAACAAAGGAAGAACUCUGUGGACAAUAAAUAAACAAUCAGGACAAACAAAGGCAGAAAGAGUCAGAAGAAAAGGCAGAGAGGUUCGUGUCAAAUAAAACAACAAAAGUAAAGAAACUGAUGAGCUGGAAACAGUAGGAAUAUGAUAUAUAUAUUUAUAAUAUAAUAUAAUAUAGACUAUAGGAAUAUGCUAAACGAGUACAAAAAGAAAUGAGACCAUCAGGGACAAGACCAAUGAUUUGUUUGUUGUAAUUUUGAAUAUUGAAAACUGGUGAGAGAGGGUGGGUGUGAGCAGAGACAUAUUCUUUAUAUUUUUUACAUUAAAUAGUCAAACAUUUGACCCUCAGAAGUCAGCAGGAUGACAUUUAUACUCACAGGAGCUUUACACAAAAGUAGUUCAGGCUCUGAAGCACAUAAUCCUGGCAGAAAGUUGUCCUCUUAAAAACAUUUCUAUCAUCUCUGUUUGUGCAGAGUUGACUUAACCUUUGUCUGAAGACAUGUCCAGGACACCGGUAAAACGUAAAUUAUUUUGACCUCAGUAAAAUAUGUUAAAGAAUAGCCCUGUUCAACUCAGAUACACAGAGAAACUCCUGUUUUAAAUCGGACUAACCUCAAAUUAAGCAAAAUUAAAUCUGACUCCAAUUUCAAAAGAGUUGGGAUGCAGUAGUUUGCAAAUCCUUUACAGCCUCCAUGUAACUGAAAAUGUCUCUGUAGUGGAAGAAGAGUCCUGCUGCUAAACUGACCUGUAUUCAGUCCUGACUUUGUCCUCCAUUGAAAACAUUUGGAGACCCUGAACUGUUGAGCGUCUGAAAUCCUCCAUCAGGCAAGAACGUCACAAUAUUACUAAGGGUUUUUUAAACUCUGGACUUGUGUCGUAUUUUCUGAAGCAGUCUGUAGUUUAACACCUCACAGCAGGAGCUGGGUUACUUGUUGAUUUUCUUUUUGGCAGAUUUCUGUGAAGUGCUUUUUAAAACCUUCGUCAGCAGGUGGAGCUGUUGCCUUAAAAUCCGUGUUGUUCUUUCUAAUUGGAGCAUGUGAAUUAACUGGCAGCUCACACACAGUGACCUCAUUCGAUCCUCCGAGCACCCCGACUGAAAACUGAACGGGGUGAGCGUUAGAGAGAGAGAGAAAGGAUCGCCGAUAGAGAGACAUCAGGGCUCAGAGACGUUCUGUUUGUCUCUGUAUCAGGUUACAUGUUGUACUUUAACAACUUUAAUGAGUAUUUCAGGUCACUCUGACACACUUAUAUCAUUAAAAAUGAUUUGAAAUUUGACAUGCUCUCAUCGUCAGCCAACAUAUUUUUCCUCUGACUUGUUGCUGCUUUUGCAAACCGCUUCUUUGUGAGUAUUUAAGCAAGAACUUGGAGUCCAGUGGAGGUGGAGUGAAGCUCUAAACUUUCUCACUCUGAGAGGAGAAGCUGAUGGUUUUAUCCAAGAAUAAAUCCUGAACCAUCAGUCUGAACUCCAGCCUGGAAACUCAGGAUGCUCAUUAGUUAAACACCGUGUCUCUUUUUAGAUUUGUAAGUGUUUUUCAGACUAAACUGUAUUUUUAUUUAUCAGGGGCCAAAAGUUGGAAGCCUGCGGAUGAAGAAAGGAUGUUGAUACUUCCUUGUCUGCAGAAACAGAUGGAAAUACUCUUGUUUAAUAUACGAACUUAUUCAAAGCCUCCUCAAUAAGUAACACAUGCACAUACAGGAAGCAGAUACCUUCUUCUCCGGACUGGACUACACUUCUCCUGCGCUCCUACAGUCCUACACACAAACACAAACCAGCGACAGGAAACCUCUGGCUGCAGUCUGAGGAACUUUCAUUGGGUCCGCUGGUGGGUGGUGUUUCAAAAACUACCUUCAAACCACAUCCAGUGCCGUGACUGGAGGGGUGCCAGGCCACAUCUGGAGCUCAUUGCAGCUGACGCCACACAGCACAAGGAGAUGGGGUGUCAGAGGAGGAGGAGGGGGUUGAUGGGGCUAUUUAAGCUGGGAGGACGAAGCCAAGAGAGCUGUUUACGCUCAGUGACAAGUUCCUCCCUCCGCACAGCUGAGCGGCUGGAGCGAGGAGGAUCACCCCAUUUUGAGAGCCACAUGUCAGUUAGAGCAGCUCGGCCUCUUCCUCUCCGGUCAGCGGAGACAUCCCUCUCCUUUGGGUUUGAGUAUUUUCUGAGUGGCACACAGACGAUCCCAGCCGCCCACAGCACCUCCCGAUUGUUCCCCUGCCAGGUUCUUUGUAGCACAAUCAAAGUUGAUGUCUCCGAUUUGCAAGCAGGGAGCGAGGUAAUGAAAACCCUCUGUGUCACUCCGUAAAAGCGGAGGAAUAUUAAAGGGCCUCAUUCUUUGUUUGAUAAGUUUUCAUGAGCUGGUUUGAAUUUGAAGCUGCUUUUCCCUCCAAUGUGGAAACAAUCAGAAAGCAGCAGAGGAAAAAAAACAACAUUUCUGUGAAUGAAGUGUGCUCUCAAACUGUAAAACCUCCCAGCUAGUGAUUUCUAGAAGUGUAAGGUGUGAUUUUUCGGCUCAGCUUUGAGAGCUUCCCUGUAAUGUGAGGACUCCACAAGACGAGGAAUUUGGAUUACAGCUCUGUUUAGUGAGAUUUAUUUGGAAAGCAAUGAAACUUCCUGGCCCUGGAACCCACUUCCACCAUAAUGAGCCGAGUUAAAGUAGGACUGGAUGUUAUUUUCCUUUAGAAAUAGAAGGUGGUCUGUGCGCCAUGCUUGAAUGGCACAUUUGAAGUCAGUACUCAGACUUAUUUUAAACAGCGCUGCGGCCUGAGAGUGGAGGAUGAGAACAGUUCGUCUUUUGUGCAGAUUUCUCCUGUUUGACAGUCCAGUUCAGACCUUCAAAAUGACGCUCUUGAUUGUGUUAUUUGGAGUCUUUCUGUGACGUGAAGAUCCUGGUUUUCCACAGAUUAAAGGCUCAUCUGGUCCUUAUCUCUCCUGCGCUCACCUGUACAAAAUUAAUGCCACUUUCUGGCCUCCCAGCUGCCCGACCUGUCUGAGCUCUCCUCAAGUAAUCAGGUAAAUGGCUGGCAGAUGGGCACGCAGUCAGAAGUGGAGUACCAGAGUCUGGCAUGAAGGACCGCCCCGAGUCGUCUCAUCUGCAUCAGGGGGGGGCGGCGGCGGCGUUGGUGUGGCAUGAGAUGAGGGGGCGUGUGUAAUCAAAUCUGCUGGAGCUGCUGCUCAAAGAUGCUGCAUAAUCCAAUUUAGACCCACUCCCACUUCAAAGCUGCAUGUUGUCUGCUGCUUCAAGUGAUGUUGCAGAUCCUGAGCUCCAGCUUUCCAGGUCAGCGGGUGACGAGAUCCAUGAGUCUCAGCCCAGAACUCUGACUGACAGGCUCAUCAGGUGAUCCAGACACAUGUGAUUCAUAUGUUUGAUGAUUUAAAGAAUAUUUCUCAUUUUUCUCUUUUCUUCUUACAUAUUUAAUAUUAAAUAUUGAGACCAUAUCUGAUUAACUUCACACCAGAUCCAUCAAACACAUCUGGAUGAUGUCAAAACGCUCCUGUAGGCGAUUAUCAUCAUGUACGUUUCCUCAGAAACAGCGCUCACUGCACACAUCCUGAUUUUUCUCUUAUUACAGGAACAUUUCAGGAGGAACGUUUAUUUUCCCGGAUCCCUAUUUUUGAGUCUCUUUGGUGGAUGGUGAAGCUUUUUUUAUAUUGAUUAUGGAGAUGUAAUCUUCUCAAAAGCAGGACCAGACAAACAGGCCUUGAGCUGUAUCACAUGAGUCACAGGACGAUUAAUGAAGCUUUUGGGAACAUGUAUCGAGGUCGCAUCAUAGCCGACUGUUUGAGAAGAAAUUGGAUCAUUAUGCUUUCUCUGUUAGAUCUGCACAGGAACUUUGUGGAUCUGUCUGCUCCUGCUGAACGGAGCGUUUGUAACACACAAAGACAGUAUCAGAGGACGGACGCCUGACAGUAUCUCUGUCUGAUGAUCAGUUGCAACAGGUUGUAAAGCAGAGCCUCCUCCAUAUUAACUAACUCAAAAUAGAUGAUUAAAAUACACAUCUGAUUCAGCUGAUUUCUGUGCAUCCUCCAGGAAAGGUCACUUUAAGUAUAAGACAUCAGAAAGAGGAGGUGGGACUGUGUGAUUGACAGCUCUGUUGACAAAUAAGGAUCCUGAAGCAUUUUUUCCCAGAUUAUCUGAGCAAAAGAGGAAAUUAUGAAGAAAAUGCAACAGUCUGUGGACUUGAUAUAACUUUCAAAAUAAAAGCACAGUUUUGCAGCAAAUGAAGCAGCAACUUGUGAGACAAUAAAAGCUCUUCAGACCUUUUUUUCCUUUUGUAUGUCUUCUCCAGAGAUGUUUAUUUCUCUGGGUUUAUCUUGCCUUUCCUAAGUCUGACUGACUGUGUUGUUUUACUUUGAAAAUUUUCCAUAAAUAUCAGGAUUAUAUAGUUACUAUGCCAACAAUAACAAUGUGGUAAAACAAACAGUAAGAUUUACCAAAAACGUUCCUUAAAGUUCGACCCUGAAACUCCAAAGAAAGGUUGAUCUCAAUGUUAAGGAGUCAACUGUACGAUAUCUCCUCUCUCCUCUCUCCUCUCUCCUCGUCACUUUUUGUAGCUUAAUGCAAAUUUACUUGUUUUAUUCGCCCCCAACUUUAAAGAGAAUCUCACCACUCCCAUGGUGUGAUUAGAUGAUAAACAGAUAUUACCUUAUUACCACAGAUGAAGCAGCUCAAAGGAACUUUUGAAGGGAGAAAAAAACAGCUUUAUACUUGAGCGGCUCUUACCUGUUUCAUGUGAACAAAGGACGCUGUUUGCUGUGAUCUUUAGAGACUUUAAAUGUAAUUAUGUAAAUGUGUUAAUGGGUCUGAUUUCACUGUCCCCACAGAGGCCAAACAAAUCCUUUGUAAACAGACAUGCUGAUGUGUGGUCAUGGUCUGUUAGCUGCACCAGAGCUGGUUACCGACAGCGUCAGUCGGCUCUACUGCACCGUGUUUACAUCAGGUAAAAACCAACACACUGUGACUAUCCUGCAAAAAUACGUCAGUUUAAAAAGUGUGAAUAUUAACACUAAUGGCAGCAGAGAUAAUCAAUGUUGAGGUGACGAUCAGUGAGACUUUAAUAUCAGUUUAUAAAUCUAAAUUUGACCACCCAGUUUGUUAUCUGAGCAAAGUCCAAAAACCAGCAUCUGUGACAUCUGGGAAACGCUCCAUUUAUCCUGAACUAAAUAAACAAGAUAUUAUUGUGUGUGCCGCCAUCUGGACAACACUUUAUUUGGUGGGAAGACCCUACAUAUGUCUGCAAGACGAUGGCGAACCAAAGUCUGCAGGGAUUGUAACAGCAUGGCUCUGUAGUAGAAGAGUCCUGCUGAGAAACCGGCCUGUUUACAGCUCUGAAGUGUUGCCAAGCAUCAAAUAUUUAAACCAAGACAAAAGUAGCUGAAUUAAAAUCUCUAGAAACUGGUCUCUUCAUCCUAAACAUUUUCAGACUAUUAAAAGAAGAGGUCAUCCAACUUCUUCCCAUUACCAUUUAAACAUGAAGUCUAAACUCGUCUCACACCAUCAGAGUUUGUUUUAAUGCUUCUCAGUGUCCUGUCUUUUCUUAAAUUGGAGUUUUAUUUCAUGUAUCGUGUCUACUUUCAUUCACUAUCAGAGCUGAAGCAUCAAGGCAGAUUUCCUGCAAGCCCUCACUUUGAGAAAACCAGAUCGGAUGAAUCCCGCUCAUACCAUGACAGAUUUAGUUUGAGGGCAGAACUAAAAACUUCCAUUUGACGCUGAUUAUCCACUCCUAAAACUUAA